UUAGGGUAAAAGUGGAACAUAAAUGAAAUGGAUAGGUUUUGAAAAUACGAUUAUUAUUCAAAAACUUUUUUUCUCUCUGCUUCGACAUAGAGAAAUCCCUAAAUUUUCUUUCUUCUUCUUCGCAUCUGGGGGAUCUGAAUCGAUAGUGAAGAUCAUGAAGUAAAACGAGUUUGUUUCAGAAAAUGAAAACGUUAUAAUCGAUUCAAUUUUGUUUCAAGUUUCUACUUCAAGUUUUUAGCGAUCCUUGGGCAUAUUGUGUUAUUGAGUUUGUCUCUCCAAUUUAGCAUCGAUUUGUUGAGCGAUCUGCUACUGUAUUUUAUCAUCUUCUUUACAACAUAUUAUCAUUGCUUAUACUGAUGUAUCUGGGAAGAAACUGACAGAAUUUGAUUCUGAAACUGACGGCGAGGAAGGCUUUGAUCUUUUGAUUUUAGUGUUGGGUUAUUAGUUUGAGUUUCUGAUUGAAUAUCAACAAAUUUCAGCCUGGUUAGGUUGUAAAGUCCAGAACUAGUCAAAGUUUACCAUUUCAAUCUCUACUUGAAAAAGGGAGACUACUAACCAACAAGUGAAACAAUGGCUCGAAAGUCUAGGAUUUUAAGUGGACUAAGGAUAGUAACGGGCGAUUCUUCAUCAGAAAAUCAGACUAUUAAUGCACCAUCUCAGCCUCAAAUUCAACCUCGACAAGCUGUUGAGAGUAGCAAUCAGACUACUACUGCAUCAUCUCAGCCUCAAAUUCAACCUCGACAAGCUGGUGAGAGUCGCAAUAAGACUACUAGUGCAUCAUCUCUGCCUCAAAUGCCACUUGAUCAAGCUGCAAUAUCGUCUACGCCUCAAGCUAAUCAAGAUGCCCCACCAAUAAUUGAGCAUGAAUCCACUGAAAUUAUUGAUAAUGUUGGAAGACGAUAUAGAAAGAGAGGAAGGACUACAAUGGCAUCUGUGUGGAAUUUAUCUGGUGGUGAAAAGAUAUUUGUGCAGGUUAAUAAAUUUGGAGUGCCUUGUACACAAGAAGCAGCCGUACUUGGAUCUUUUCUUGGAACUAUUGCAACAAAUGGGACUCUCGCACCUGUGAAUUUUUCAAGAUGGGAUGAUAAGCUUAUGAAACCAUUUUAUCGCAAAAUGUUAGUUAUUGUUGAGGAAAAGUUUGAAUUUCCACCUGAGACCCGUAAAUGGGUACUUCAGUCCAUCAACAAGAAGUGGAGGGAUCACAAGUCUGAUCUAAAGUCUAGAAACUUUCUGUCCGAUAAAACUAUGGAGCAGAUUGAAUCAUCUAUUCCAGAAGAAAUUGUGCCUAGUCAAUGGCCUACACUAGUCCAAUCAUGGUUUACUGAGACUAGUCAGAGAGUGAGUGCAAAAAACACUAUGAAUGCGCUUCAAAAUAAACAUAGUCAUACUUCAGGCAGAAUGAGUUAUGCAAGACGUAGAAAAGCAAUGGAAAAAGAAGGGAAAUCUCCUGAUAGACUCAUUUUUUUUGAUGUCACUCAUAAGAAGAAAGAUGGAACUUAUGUGGAUGACAGCAUUAAAAAUCUAAUGGAUAAAGCAUCUGCUCUUCAAGCUGAACGUAGUCAAAAUUCUAAUAAUAGCACAGCGGAAGUUAACGAGCAAAUAUUUAGAGAAGUAAUGGGUAAAGAGCACAAUGGUCGUGUGAGAGGUUUAGGGUUGGGGCCAACGCCUAGAAGUUAUUUUGGAGCAACUUCUUAUAAUGUGGCUGAAAAAUGGAAUGGUUCUACAAGUUUAAGUCAGUCAAAUGAAGUAGCAAUUCUCAAAGAAUCACUUCAAGAGAUGACAUCCAAGUAUGAGGAAGUGAAUAAAAAAUAUGAAGUUUUAUCAACUAAUCAUGAAGGUGUGUCUCAAACAUUACUUGCUUGUGUCGAGGACCAUAACAUGUAGUUGAGGGUGGGAAUUAAGUUUGGUCCAUUAUGGUUUUAUCAUUGCCUGUAUUCAUUCCAAGAAUCAUAUAUAGUGAAGUUUGAUGUGUGAUGAUGAAGGAAAGUAAUAAGUUCAAUCUUAGGUGAGGUUGAUAUAUAAAUUGAUA